ACAUAUAAAAGGACCUGCUGGCAAAUGUGUGAUUCAUAGAGCGCACUGACAUUUAGCACUUUGUUUCAAUUUGUCUGGCAUCCACUUCUUUUAUCCAAGAUGAGAAUUAGUGUUACCAUAAUCCUCUUUGUUGCAGUGGCAGGUUUCCACAGUGUCAUUUCAGCAUCUCUGCAAUGUGACGAAAAGUCUAAAUUGCCAGAAGAGAGAGCUUUUGAAGAGAACAGCACGACUCCGCAAACAGAAGAGUUGGGCUACGAGGCUGCUCAUGUGAAAGAUGGAGAGACUAAAGCAGUGACGGACACUGCAGAGGAGGAAGAUUCAGUAGAGCAAAUAUUGUUUGAGAAGGAAGAUAGUAAUGGUGGUGAGAGAGAAGCACUGACAGAUUCUACAGGAGCGAACACCGGAAGUGACGCGUCCAUGGGUUCAGACUCUGAGGACGACACCUCUCAACAGAACACAGAACACAGUGAGCAGGUUGAAGAGAAUGUGAAAAUUUCUGAGGAUUUCAGUGAUGAAGAAUAUGGUGUAUAUUACGAUUCGUAAGACCAUAUGAAGCAGCUGUGGAAUCCAUCUAACAUCUUUAAGACCUAUAAGUUCUAACACACUGUAUGUACCACCUGGACAAAAAAAAACAUGGUGACCUUUCACACAAUUUGUGAUGGCUUUUUUUUUUUUUCCCAAAUAAAGACUGUAAACACUG